AUGUUUUAUCACAACAGGAGCCUUUUUCACCCCGCCACGUUUUUCCUCAUUGGGAUCCCAGGUCUGGAAGAGGUCCAUGCCUGGCUCUCCCUGCCUUUCUGCUCUGUUUACCUUGUGGCAUUACUGGGCAAUGCCACAAUCCUGCUAGUCAUCAAGACCGAGCAGACCCUCCGGGAGCCCAUGUUCUACUUUCUGGCCAUUCUUUCAGCAACUGACUUGGCCCUUUCUACAACUUCUGUACCCCGCAUGCUGGGUAUCUUCUGGUUUGAUGCACAUGAGAUUAACUUUGGAACUUGUGUGACCCAGAUGUUUUUGAUCCAUACCUUCACUGGCAUGGAGGCUGAGGUGCUGGUGGCCAUGGCCUUUGACCGUUAUGUGGCGAUCUGUGCUCCACUCCACUACACGACCACCUUGACAUCCCGGGUGCUGGUGGGCAUUAGCUUGUAUAUUGUAAUACGACCAGUCCUGCUUAUACUUCCCAUGAUCUACCUCAUCUGCCGCCUACCCUUUUGUCAGGCUCGGAUAAUAGCUCAUUCCUACUGUGAGCACAUGGGCAUUGCAAAGCUGUCCUGUGGAAACAUCCGGAUCAAUGCUAUCUAUGGGCUCUUUGUAGUCUCUCUCUUUUUUAUGAACCUGGUCCUUAUUGGCAUCUCCUAUGUUUACAUCCUCCGUGCUGUCUUCCGCCUUCCAUCACAAGAUGCACGGCUAAAAGCCCUUAGCACAUGUGGCUCCCAUGUGGUGGUCCUCUGUGUUUUCUAUAUCCCCUCAGUCUUUUCUUUCCUCACUCACCGAUUUGGACACAGCAUACCCCGCUAUAUUCACAUUCUUGUUGCCAACCUCUAUUUGGUUAUUCCGCCCUCACUCAACCCCAUCAUUUAUGGUGUAAGGACCAAACAGAUACGAAAGCGAGUGCUUCAUGUCUUUAUUAAAAAAUAG